CUCUCUUAUCCCCCAAGUUUGCUUGUUACCAGAGCAGGCGGCCGAGCUGGACGCAAGCUGUGUAUGUGUGUGUUUGUGUGUGUGAGAAAGCGAGAGAGAGAGGUCCUCCUUGAACACACACAACACAAGACGACAACAUUAUUGACGUGACCACGCCGCGUGCACACUUCUUUCACCGAACCAUCAUGACUUUUUCCUCUCCGGCGGACUCCUCGUUGUCGUGCCGAGGCGUGAAUCUUUCUCUCUGAGCAGAGGUGUGGAUCUUCCCGUCAGCGGCGAGGGACGAAAAGGAGGAGUUUGGCGGAAAUCCCCGCAAAUACAUACACAAAUGCCACGGAGGAAACAAGAAGCGCCCAAGCGUGCGCCAGCCUAUUCUCCCGAGGAGCUGACAAAGCACCCUGCAGAGGAUGAGGAGGCGGAAGCAGGCGACCUGCCCUCAGCCCCACAGGAUGACCUACCCAUGAAAGAUGAGAUUGUAGAGGAAAGCGCCGGGCCUGCCAAGGACCAAGCAUGUGACCAGGAAUCAGCGGGGGCUGCAGAGCUGUCAGGGCAAGAGAUGGACAGCGAGUCACAUGUGAGCGAGAUCAGUGAUUGUCUUUCAGACAUUGACAGCCCCUCUCAAAAAAUUGAAGGAAACUGUGUCACAGCACCUCUAAAUGGUGACAGUAAGACACCCCCCAUAGGUAUGGACACCUUAGAACAUAUGAAGGCCAUCUACUCCAGCUUCCUGACCAGUCCCCUUUGGACACCUAUGAAUUUCAAUACAAAACAAACACAGGUGCCCCCAUCGGCUUCGACAGAGAAGCCGACUCGCAGCAACAGCACGAGUAGCAGUAGUAGCUGCAGCAGCAGCAGUUACGACUGGCAUCAGUCUGCAGUGGCAAAGACGCUCCAACAGAAUCCUCCCCAGAGUCGCCACACUGCCCAGUCUGAGCCCAGCCUUUUUAGCACAGUCCAGCUCCACAGGCAAAACCCAAAGCUGUUUGGUUCAAUCUUUACUGGGGCCAGCAAGUUUCGCUGCAAGGGCUGUAGCGCUGCUUAUGACACACUGGUUGAACUGACUGUUCAUAUGAACGAUACAGGGCACUACCGCGAUGACAACCAGGACAAGUCAGGAGGUGGUGCAAAGCGCUGGUCCAAGCCCCGUAAACGGUCUCUUUUGGAAAUGGAGGGCAAGGAGGAUGCCCAGAAGGUUUUGAAGUGCAUGUACUGUGGUCACUCCUUUGAAUCUCUUCAGGACCUUAGCGUCCACAUGAUCAAGACCAAACACUAUCAGAAAGUGCCUCUGAAGGAGCCCAUGGCCCCUGUGGCUACUAAAAUCAUAUCUUCUAAGAAAAGGGGUCUCGUGGGGUUGGAUCUGACCCCCUCGCAACGUUCUAGAGAAGGAACCCCCAAAGCUAAGCACUUGCAUUCAGACUUGAGUGAACCCUCACCAAAACGGUCCUCCAGCCCCUACUCAACCUCUAGUAAUCGAUAUGCUCACCAGAAUGGCGCAAGCUAUGCUUGCCAGUUUGAAUCCAACAAAUUUCAGAUCCUCAAAUGCAUGGAGUGUGGGAGUUCACACAAUACUUUGCAAGAGCUGAGGACCCACAUGAUGGUGACAGGACACUUUCUGAGGGUGACCAGCUCUGUGGGUAAGAGAGGCAAACCGCUCCCUGAGGCCACCUCCCCCAACCCCGGGAGAGUAACCACACCUACGGAACCAAGAGUUCAGUCCGUCCCACUAGCACCCUCCACCUUCUCUCCUCCACCUCUUCAAACCACUACAACUCCCCCUGCUAUCUCGCCUACUCUCAAAGAGAUCAAACGGGAGGAGGUUGAGGAGGAGUGUACCAAGCAAGAGGCUCCUGGAAUUGAAAAACAAGCUGCAGUUUCAGUCAGGAAGGAGGAAGAUUCAGACAAGGAGGAAAAAUAUGAUAUAUCAAAGUAUAACUAUCUUACUGAAGAGGACUUGAAGGAGAGUCCAAAAGGCGGCUUGGAUAUUCUCAAAUCACUGGAAAACACAGUGACAUCAGCUAUCAACAAGGCCCAGAGUGGGAAUCCGAGCUGGGGGGGCUAUCCUAGCAUCCAUGCAGCCUACCAGUUCCCUAGUGCCAUGAAGAUCCAACAGGGUAGCAUGGAAAAGAACUCCCCAAUGAAGUUCUUAUUUAAUGGCAGUGAUGGAGUGUUGUCCUCCCUCGCCAACAACCAGCCUCUAAUUAGCCCACCACUUACACAGUCUUCCCCCUUUCCCAGCAACAACUUCCAGGCGAUGGAGGACUUAGUGAAAAAAGUGACUGAGAAAGUAGCAAAAGUAGAGCAAAGGGUGAAGCGAUUGUCUCCCAACAUGGAAAACCAUCUCUCCCCCUCCAAAAGUGAGGCUAGAGGAUUGCAUAAGGGUGAGGAGGCUGACUCACCUAGGGAAUUGAGGGCAGUCACCCCAGCCAGUAGUGACAGGGGAAACCAUAGCGACCGAGCAUCCCCGGCAACCGAGCCCAAGAGAGAGACAGCAGUCAAAUCCCCGCAUGCCUCUGCUUUAACAUGCAGCACCGCCAUUAUCACUGGCCAUACUCCUCCAGAGCAGCCCUUUGUCAAUCCUCUAAGUGCUCUUCAGUCAGUAAUGAGCAUUCAUUUGGGGAAAGCAGCCAAGCCCUCCUUGCCAAACCAAGAUCCCCUGAGCCUGCUGUCCAGGUUCAGCCAGAGCAUGGCAGAGAGGGCCGCUGUGGCUGCCCUUCCCUCGCAGAGCAAAAAGUCUGAAAGUGUCGUUGACAAUAGUUUUUGUCAGUCCAGUGAUGACCAGCCUAUGGACCUCACAAAAGGGAAAAGUGAGAAAGGAGGGUCUGUUGCCUCAGCUCCCUUAACACCCUCUUCCACUGCGUCCUCCAUCUCGCCCUCCUCUCUUGUCACCCCCGCACAGCUAACAGUGGUUUCUCCCUAUACAUCCAACAGCCCUUUACACGAGAACGCCCUGUCUGAUAUAUCAGACAUGCUAAGGAACCUGACACAGUCCCAGCCCGUCCCAAAACCUGUCCCUCGAUCACGGGUGACGGAUAAAGCUGAGGGUCUGCUCUCUACAUGCGAUGAUGACGACGCAUCCCUGCAUGGCCACAAACGCAAGGGGCGUCACUCCAGCUGGAACCCCCAGCAUCUCCUCCUGCUCCAGGCGCAAUUUGCCUCCACCUUGAGGCAGACCUCCGAGGGGAAAUACAUCAUCAAUGAUCUUAGCCCACAGGAGAGAAUGCAUGUAUCUCGUUUUACAGGUCUCUCAAUGACCACCAUUAGCCACUGGCUGGCUAAUGUCAAGUACCAGCUAAGAAGAACAGGCAGAACUAAGUUCUUGAAGAAUCUGGACUCUGGUCAGCCUGUAUUCUUCUGUAGUGACUGUGCCUCACAGAUCCGAACCCCAGCAGCAUAUGUUGGUCACCUGGAAGCUCACCUUGGCUUUAGAAUCAGGGACCUGGCCAAGCUCUCCCCCAAACAGACCGUCAGGGACUCCCACACCCUCGCCGAGAAGCUCGCACCCCUGGAUUUGUACGUGUCGCCACAAGAUGACUGCAGCAGUAACGGAGCCGUAUACCGCUGCCAGCUCUGUGUCCGUAAAUUUGCCACUAAGCACGCCAUCAAACUUCACCUCAGCAAGAGUCAUGGGAAGUCUCCAGAGGACCACUUGCUGUAUGUGUGCGAACUAGAGAAACACUAGCAUGCUUUCGGCAGUCGAAAAACUGGACGAACUUCUGUAGAAUUUGUUGAAAGUAACAAAUAGAAAUUGUGGUAUAAUGCACUAAGAUGCCAAGAACUACUGUUAAAAGUUUCAGCACAAAGAGUUUACGUCUAUUCGGCCUAUAAUGUUUUGGGUUUCUCUGUAUUUAAAAAAAAAAAAAGAAAAGAGUUUCACAUGUUAAAGUUUACUGUACGUGAACGAUAUUCUGCCCAAUUUGUGUCGUCUAUGUCACUUCAUGUUCAUCCUUUGCUGUCGGGAGACCAAAAGUACAAAUUGAAAGUCAACUAAUAACUUGAAAUGUAUCAACUAUAUUGUAUUUAUUUUGUAUUUUUGUGAUUUAUUUUCUGGUAGACUGCAUGAUCAGCUCUUACAUUUGUACAGUUCUGUCCUGUUCUACCCCAAUUUUAAUAUGCAUCUUAUAUUUGGUCAUUUUAUCACCUUUAAACAACCAAAUGCUCUAAAAAAAUGCCAAACAGCAACAUUUCAUUUUAAAAAUUAAUAUCUAAAUGUCAUUUUGGAUUUUCUAGCUGAUUGUAAACAAUGUUUGUUUUGUUCUUCAUGACUGAAUGCGAGACAUAAUCCAGGUCUGUUCAUGUAAAAAUGUACAUAAAGUGUAUAUGCUUACAACUUGCUGUUUAAAUUAUGCAUACUUGUUAUAUUUCUUAAUUUAAAAGGACUAUGACUAUCCACUGGUGCAGAGCCUUGAAGAAGAAUUAAAGGACAAUGUUUUGCACACUAGUUUUAUAAAUGUUAUUUGAUAAAGAAAAAAAAACAAAUAUGUUAAUGCCUUGUGCUUCUAUUAUUAAACUGA